AAAUCAUUCAAGUCGCCGUUUUGUCACAUCGUAAGGUGCGGUUCACACUUCGUCGACCGUCGUCGCCCUAUGUUUAUUUUGAAAUACAGGCAAAACAAAAUAACUUUGUUGUCAGCAGUGUGUGCGCUUCCAAAAAUAGUAAAAUCCAUACUUUUAUUUACCGAUCAAAAAAAGACCAUCAUACGGUCCACGGAAAUUAUUGCCGAAAAUCGCUAGAAACGCUGUGAUAACAUUUCAAUUGAAAAUUGUUAGAUUGUUUUCGAAGUCAUCAGCUGUUUUGUUAUUCGAGUGUUUUUUUCUUCGUAAGCAGCAGUAGCAGCAGCAGUAGUAGUUAUAUUCACAGUGUGGACGAUUACUGCAUUAAAGAAACACACAAAACAUUGAGAUAUUACGAAAAGUCAACGCAAAACACUAUUUCACCGACAACUUGAAUUGUCAUCGAAAAAUUAUUUCAAUCCUAAACAAAACCCGGCUCGCACAAAUUAAAAAUCCAUUUGGUGUAGCAGAAUGGAAGCGGGCGAAAACAAUAAUUCCGAUACGAACGGCGAAACAGCGGCUGCGAACGAUGAUGGCAAUUCACAGCCAACAACAUCGUCGUCUACUUCACCCAAACGCUAUAAAUUGGAUCCGAACGCGCCGUCAACAUCAAAUCAAAUCGAAUGCAACGCAAAUAAGACAAGUGACACGGAAACUGAAAACAAGAUGGAACAAUUAGGAAAUGAAUCGAAUGAAGAGACUAAAAGUAAGAGCCCAACUAGCCGAUUUGCCAAACGAAACUAUCGUAGACGUUCUGAUUCGCAGUCGUCAACGAACAGUGCACCAGUGAUGGAAGCUACUGUGUCGGAUGUACCAACGGAUGAACCAAAUCCAAAUCCAAAUGGAAAUAAUCUGCAGGAGUCGCCCGAUACGCCAUUGAAUAAUUCCGAUGAAGCCAUGAUGUCGCUUUUGGAUGAUGACGACAGCUCCAUCACUAGUAGCGAUCAAGAUGAACAAAGCGACGAUGACGAUACAUCGGCUUCUGACUCCGACGAUUCCACGGAAAAUGAACAGAAAACACAAAUCGUUUUAAAUAAACCGAGACCAAAAUGUGACUUAAACCUGGUGCGGAAUUUGAUUUAUCGUCAAUCUGGUAUGCUUUUGAAGGGAGAUCGCCGAAUUUACGAUGCACUUGCCAACGGACUGACGCAACGCAUCAGCAGUUCCAUCUAUAGUGUUGAACGUAUGAUGCUGUUGCAUAAGCUGGAAAAGCAUAACGGUUGCGUUAAUUGCCUUAAUUUUAAUAAAGCGGGAAAUUUACUCGUCACCGGUUCCGAUGAUUUGAAGGUCGUUGUAUGGAAUUGGGCAAAACAGCAACCAAUCAUAGUACAAACGAGUGGCCAUCGUUCAAAUGUUUUCCAAUCGAAAUUCGUCGAUAAUGGCACCGCAACCAAUCAAAAAGAUUUCCAUUUAAUCACAUCAGCACGCGAUGGUGAAGUGCGACAAAUUCAGGUGGCACCCGACGGCAGUGCACAAGAUCGUGUUAUUACUGGUCACAAUCAUCCCGUGCAUAAAAUUGCUAUACCCGAUUCAAACCCAAGCGAGGUAUUGACGGCCGGUGAAGAUGGUUGCGUCAUGCGAAGCGAUUUAAGGGACAACAAACCCAGCGAAAAACUGGUGCAACUGCGUACAUCAAAAGAUGAAAUUCCACUGUACAGCGUUGCUGUACAUCCAUUUGAUCCAGAAUUCUGUGUUUGUGGCCGCGAUAAAUUCGUUCGUGUCUAUGACAAACGCAACGUUAAAGAAUGCUCCAAAAUGUUUUGCCCGGAAAAUAUUCUCCAACAAAAGAAAAAUGCAAGUUAUCUCAAUAUCACUUGUGCAUUAUAUAACUACAACGGUACCGAGAUUCUUGCAUCGUACGGAGAUGAAAAUAUCUAUUUAUUUGAUACUUCAGUUAGCACACCAGGAGAAUACAAACACACCUAUUACGGUCACAAAAAUCGUCAAACCAUAAAAGGUGUCAAUUUCUAUGGACCGUGCUCCGAAUUCAUAAUGAGCGGUAGCGAUUGCGGUAAUUUCUUCAUGUGGGAUAAAAAUAGCGAGGCAAUCGUUCAAUGGUUACCGGGUGAUGAGAGUGGUGUUGUAAAUUGUCUUGAGGGUCACCCGCAUUUUCCCAUCAUCGCCACAUCUGGGUUAGAUCAUGACGUGAAAAUAUGGAGUCCAAUGAAUCCAGACGGCCGGCCGUCGCAAGAUAGAUUGAAAAAAUGUAUCAAAGAAAAUCUCAAUCACAAUUCGGAGAAUUUUGUGCGCACUUAUAUGCGAAGUAUUGCACGUUUGGUAAAUGGCGAAUUUCAUCGACCAGAUCGAUCAAGCAGUGAUGAUGACACAUCCGAUUCCGAUGAUGAAGACGAUGAGCUACGCACAUUUUAUCGGCCAGAUCGGGGACCAUGCGAAGUUCAAUAAAAUAACCUAUGACAUAUGCAAUGUUUAAGACCAA